UAUACUAGUGGCACAACAGGACAGCCUAAAGCUGUGAUUAUUAGACAUUAUCGUUAUUAUUUUAUGGGUAUAGCUGGUCCUAUAGUUUUUGAUAUAAACUCGAAUGAUAUUUUAUAUAUAACUCUACCUAUGUAUCAUGGAAUGGCUGGAAUUGCUGGUGUUGGACAAAUGAUUGUUAAUGGCUGUACAAUUGUAAUACGUCAAAAAUUCUCUGCUUCUCAUUUUUGGAAUGAUUGUCAAAAAUUUAAUUGUACAAUAGCUAUUUAUAUCGGAGAAAUUUGUCGUUAUCUUAUCACACAACCAAAAAAUUCUAAAGACGAUAAAAACCACAAAAUAAGAAUGUUUUGUGGUCUUGGACUCCGUCCAACGAUUUGGGAAGAAUUUACCCAGAGAUUUGGAAUUAGAAAAAUAGCUGAAUUAUAUGGUAGUAUUAAAAAAAGUUAUAUAUAAAAAUUCUAAAUAGGGGCAACAGAAGGAAAUGCAACUUGUGUAAAUAUAGACAAUAAAGUUGGGGUCAUUGGGUUUUUACCCAUCUAUACUUAUUUUAUGAAAACAACAUCCAUUAGAAUUGUUAAGGUAUUUUGAAUAUAAAUAAUAAAACUAAAAAUUGAAUUUUGGACCUUAUUAUAUUAUAUGAUACACAAUUAGAUCGUAGAAUAGUGGGGGAUAGUAUCUUCCAUAGUAUCCGUUUUUUUCCCCUUAUUAUCCGUUUUUUUCCCCUUUCCGCUCCGACUUCUAUUUCUUUCCGUUUAUAAACCGCCUUCCGCAGGGCCCAAUCCCUGAAUAGUACCUUGUAAUGUGA